AUGAACGCCAAUGUCCAGCAGAUUAACAACACCGUCCUCAACCUGAUGGACGGCGUCGUUCAUGAGUUGAGGAGUGCUGAUUCUGUGGACAAGGAGAACGACGAUGGUAUGGAUGUAGACGUUCACUUGUUGAACCAAGCUACUGGCAAGGGUGUACCAGACCAUGUCCUGCGACUCAAGAUUGGCUCCGUGUGUCUCGUCAUGAGGAACUUGAACAUUGACAGCGGACUCGUAAACGGCACUAAAGUGAUCGUGACGGCAAUAAGACCUCGUCUGAUUACAGUACGACUCCCUGGACAACAUGAUCCGAUUUGUAAUCCCCGGAUUCAAUUCGUUUUCCCGUUCGUCGAGGGGUCACCGCUUCGUGUCCGCCGUCUUCAGUUUCCUCUCAUGCUGGCAUAUUCCAUGACUGGCCACAAAAGCCAGGGCCAGACGAUUGAUCGCGUCGGAGUCGAUCUUCGCAGUGACUGUUUCACUCAUGGUCAGUUGUACGUCCUGCUGAGUAGAAUCAGGCAUCCAGACCAUAUAGUCGUCCUUGUCCGUCCCGACCGUGUCCAAGGUGGAAUCGCAUACGCGAAAAACAUCGUGUAUGACGAUCUCCUCCUUUAA